AUGGAAGGAAGAGGGCGCACAUAGAGCGGAGCAAAUCUCGUACGCUUUAAAACGGGACCAACCGCCGCCGUUGGGUCGCAUUCGCUGAUACUGUUCGACCGGAGGCUGCCGGAGUGCCAGUGUUGUAUCCCUGUGAACAGUCAAGACACCAGUCGCCUGCCAGUUGUGUGCCAACGGUCAGUGGAACAACGACCAUUGUCGCGUGUGCAGACCACCGUCAGCAAUCAACUUCGAUCAAACUCGAACGCUCCAAAAUUUGCUUCAAAUUUGCGUGUAUCUGGGUGAAACUUGUGUGUUGUUUACAGUUUUCUGGCCCGGAAACGGUAGUUGAAGAGUGUUUGUGAGUGAGUAAGUGAGCGUAUGCAUGCACAAAAUGCACGGCGAUCAUCGUGCAGAAUGAUCGAGUAGUGGGAUGGUUUACGAAAGACAGCAGUACAAAAACGAACCACUUUGUGGUUAAACAGGACCAGGUGGCUAACUGACGACGCUCUCAUUGUGAUUUUGUAAUUGAACUGAAACAAAGUGCAUACAUUUUAUUCAACAAUCAGUCAAACGACCGCAACCACCGAACGGAAGCGAGCGCGGAAGGGGCCGAAGCAGCGAAAGGAUGGCGAUGCGCGGAGUUAUGAUGUUGUUUUUUCAGGUGCUGAUCCUCUGCUUCCAGGCGAAGGCCUGGCACGCAGUACGGCGAUCGUUUGAGCUCGAGCAGACGGCACCGCAAGAAAAGAUACAUCUCAUCACGGACUGUAUGCACGUCACGUCGGAGGAGGGCGAAUUUUCGUUCGUCAAACUACCGCCGGUCCGAUCGACGUCAAAGCAUGGCGCCCACUGGAUGUCACCGGGCGAGCUGUCACCGGAACUGUCUACGGACGGGGUUGCUAACGGUAGCCUGGACCCGGACACGCUGCCGGACGCUGCGAGCGUUUGCGGUGUGUACUUUGUCGCCAAUCCGGACCAAACCAUCGAAGUUACGAUGAAGCAGGUUAACGUGGAGUGCCGUACCGGUGGACUGAUGGCGUUCGUGGAUGGCUGGGAGCUCAAUGGGCAGUACUUCCCAGGUGAGCGCGAUCACGAGAAACCACUCGAGCUGCGAGUCCAGGAAUUCUGCGCAGAACAAACCGGAGGACCGUGGCCCGUCAAGACCGGCUCGGCCGCCUCCAAUGCAUGGGUGUUCCGAUCGAGCCAGAACGCGGCACUGGUGCAGUAUCGUAUCCCGGAGCGUGGCUCGUUCGUCCUGUCUGCCCGAUUCCAUCACAAUCCAAAACCUUGCAACAUCAUGGCGGAAGGUUUGGCACCGUACUACAUGUUGCGUAACUAUGGACAGCGUAGAAACUGUACACUGACUGCACUGUUUCCGGCCGUCGUAUCCGUCAUCGCUCUGGAAGUAGGCGAAAUCAAUGAGAGCGUCCGUUACUGUGAACGUGUACGGGUAGACGAUAAGCUCGAAAUUGGCGGUUCCGUUGGACUAGACCCGUCCUAUCAGCUCACACGUGCUAGCACAAUCUGUGGACGUAGCCGUGGCCGGAUGGACCUAGACCAGACGAUCCUGUGCGGCACCACCUCGGUCCGGUUGAUCUCGAGCGGACGGUUCACGAACCAGGCAAUGGUUACGAUGCGCAUGGCUGACGAAUCAGACCUCCGGCUGGCGACGGUAAUCUGCGAAAUGUAAAACCAGAAACCAGCACAACGAACAGCAACAACACAUCACAGACACACAAAAAAAGCACACACACACACAAACUAACAAAUUCUUUCAAUCUGCGUCGGAGCUGACUGGCACACGGGAAUGGAAAUCGUUGGAAAUCACCGAUAGGAAAAAAAAAAGAAACGAAAACGAUCAGCACACCAUGGAGCACAACUAUUUUAAAAAUCCCCUGUGAAAUGCAUAUAAAUACAGAAAUGUUGAAACCUUCCGAUACAAAAAAGAAACAAAAAAAAGGAAAAAGCAACUAGAAAGAAACAACAUGACGCCUAAGUGUUAUGGACCAAAAGUCCAGGAGGAACCUUAGUUGCGCGUAACAGUUACAUAAUUUGUCGUAAAACAAAUGUUACUCAAUCACACACACACACAACGCUCAUACGCACACCCACAUUUUACUCCCUGUCAUUUUACAGUGAACAUUUUACUCCCUGUCGCAUCUGAAAUGAUUGAAGAAACGGCAAUGUAAAACUACGAUGAAGCUAAAAACUAAAAGGUACAAUUUUCUCAAUGGCUCCUUGACGGGGGAUUGGAUGGGAGUGAAACAGGGAACGCGUGACGAGGGAGGGGGAUAAGGAGAAGGAUGAUUGUGUAAACUUAUUUUCCGCUGUUAAUGUUUUCGGUUCGUGUAAUAAUCCUAGUCCAAAAUUUCGGGCGCGCACCAGGCAACAGACACACACACACGUGCGCGCCGCCAUUUUAUCGCAUAAAAGACGGAAUAAAAUUCCAAAAUCAUUCAGUGUACUUUAUUGAUCCAGUGCA